AUGGAGAUUACAUUCUACACCAAUCAGAGAAGCUCUGCAGUGGAGCAUGAAAGUUUAAAUAACUUGUGUGUUAUUGAGCGGAAUGUGACAUUGUAUGAUAGUAUGGCAGCGGACAGCGAUGGGCUAGGCACGGCGGGCGGCGGCUCGUGCGGCGUGGUGGUGACGUGCGAGGGCGAUUUGCGCGAUCCGCGGUUCCCCGCGCGUCUGCGCCGCCUGCUGCGUGAGCUGCGCGCCUUACUCGCCGAGCCGCAUCCGCACACGCUCAAAGUUAACAAGGUGGAGCCCUGGAACUCGGUGCGCGUAACGCUAUCGGUGCCUCGAGCGGCGGCGGCGCGGCUUCGAGCGCUAGCCGCCGCCGGAGCUCCCCAACUGAGGGCUUUGGGCAUCCUUUCGGUCCAGCUGGACGGGGACGCGGCCGUCUCCCUCCGACUGCAGCAUGGGGCCGAACUGAGGAUCAAUACUGAUGGUGAUGAAGCCAGCACAUCAAGGUCGCAAUCGAGCGAAUUACUGGCGGGCCUCGGUGGUAUAGGUCGACUGAUAUCCGACGAGGGUGCCUCAACCAGUUCUGAACCAGCGCAGAACUUCAAGUCUCCCAACACCGUAUGCCCAAUGGAUGGCAAGAUACCCCAAAACAUUCCCACACCGACCACCGAUAGAUGCGAGUUCCCGUUCGGCAGUAUGACCCAAGCGAGAGUUAUACACAGGAAGGAGAAUACUUUAGGUAUAGGCGGAUGCGCAAACACACUCAGACCGAGUAACUCGGAACAAUUCGCGCGACCGUCCACCUCGUUCACGGGACCGCCUCCUCCCUACCCGGCUUCCUCGACCCCCACACCCCCACCUCCCUCCCCCGCCCCCACAGUGGCCAUGUCAUCCCCCCUGCUAGUGAACCUGCUGCAAAAUGAUGCACCAGCACCCCAACCCAGGCCCAAACCAGCUAACCCGGCUAAGUUGGAUAGGCUCGAGGAUUCGCAGGUGGAGUUAGCGGUGGGACGCGCAUUCGAAUACCGCGGUGGUCGGGCGACCACGCCUCGUCCGGCCGUGCCCAGCCCGGCCCCCACUCCCCGACCUCCCCCACGGCCCGCGCCGUUCAUACGCCGUGCUUUUCCCCCUCGACCCGCACCAACUCAGUACCGUGCACCCGCCCCUAACGCAACAGUGGUAGCACGAGCAAGGUUCCCCGCCCCCUCGUACAGUACAGAGACCUUCCCCGCACCCCCGCCUCCCCCCUAUAGGCAAGCCGCCCCUAGACCGAGAACCCUACCACAGAGAGUCACCCCGGAGGAUCUCCAAGCACUACUACCACCUCCUACCACUUCGAUGGACCAAAAGACGCAGUCGAGUUUCCAGGAAUUCCAGAGGUAUCAACAACAGUACAAUGCGAGGCAGAGAGCGGCAUCACGCGCGGCGUCGCAGCCUGACUGGAAUGAGCCCUAUCGGGACACUCUGGGCCUGUCCAUACCCGAUCUGUCCGAUAACUGCGAUCUCGACCAGUUAUUGCCGACCCUAGGAGCGGACCUAAACCUCGACGACUCAACUCUAUCGGCCAUAUCGGAUCUAGACACGAACUCCAAGUUAGACCUUCUGUACGACUCUCAGCAAGAAUCCCUACCCAACUCGACGGAAUCGACUCCGGACUCCCUCCUCCAAGAAAUCACCGGCGGUCAGUACCCCAGUGCGACCCUAAAUGGGCCGUACAACUCUGAAAUGACUCCAACGACGAGUCAAACGAACGUGAAUAGUGAUGUGCCUUCAAAACCCGCGGAAUCGUUCGACGCGAAUUCAGAGACGGCUUUCAUGCCGCCGCCCCCCGUGCCUCCGCAGUCGACGUCUAAGUUCCAUGUGAACUCCCCAAACCAUACAAUAGUUAAUACGCAACAUCCUCCCUUCAAAUCGCCCCCAAACGCCACGUAUACGUCGCCUAGUAUAAAUUCGGAUAGAUCGAUGGAUAGGAGCACAAACCAGUCGUCGUCCAUGCCGCCUCCCAUGCGACUGCCGAUAAGGCCGAGUGCGUCGGUGUCGACGGCCACGGUCGGCUCUCAAGCCACGGCGCAAGAGAUUGAGGAGCAAAGCAAGCAGUACCUGAUCAAAACCCUCAUGAGGGAUGACGACACUCCACCACCCAAGGAAGAGAAGAAAAUCGAAGAAGUAACUGUAGCGCAAUGUAAACUCAAAGAAAACUCCUCAGACACUACACCAGAAAUAUUCGGUAUCGCAAAAACUAUAGAGGAUGAUAGCAAAAAGGAGGAAGAACUAAAGAAAAAUAAGUUGGUUAAGAAGGACAAAGAUGAUAAACUGCUGGCGCAGAAAGGGGGCAAGCCCAGGACAGGUGGAGCGAAAGAGAAACCUGCCACUUUGAAAGACAAGAUAGUGAGGGAUGGAAAGUCUACCAAAGUUGCCUUACCGCGACAGCACGUCGCGAAACCUGCCACUCCCACGAGCGAAGCGCCGAAAUCGCCUUCGGGGGAAAAGGAAUCGUUGAAGUUGAGGCUAAAACUGGGCAAGAACGAGCCCGUCGUUCAGCCCGUGCAUAAAGCUGAUGUGAGCUUCAUCAAUCAACAAGCGAAAGGAGAGAAACCUAUAGAGGGUGAACUCCGAGUACCGCCCCUACAUAUCAGCCUCAGAGGUCGAAAUUCAGCAGUUAUAAAGAACUCUAAGAAGGAAAAGAAAAAGAUGAUCCCCGGUGAUCUUCACUUAAAGAAAAUCAAAAUAAGAAAAUCACUGGAUUCAGAAGAUAAGUCUCACAGAAAGGACUCGGAGGAAUCCCUCGCGUCGAAGUCGGGAGACAGUACUGAAAACUCAAAGACUGAUGGAGUUUUACAAGUUAAAAACAUAAAGCUAAACAAUCACUUUGUCGAAGGUGAGAGUAUCAAAACUGAGAUCACCGGCGACAACAACGUCGUGUACAGAAUGAAGACGUUGUCCAAAAAUGCCCAUAUAGUGACGAAAUCGCACGACUUAAAAGUCACUAACAAAGUCCAUAACAGUUUAAAAGUUAAGACGAAAUUAAAAGUUUUAAGCGGUAGCGGUAAAACGACGGAGAGAUGUAAAGAUUGGAGAGACGCAUUGCUGGCACAGGACGGCAAAUACGCGCAGAACGAGGGCUACAGAGAGACGUCGAACAACCACGAAGCUAAAAAGAAGUUACCUACUAAAGUGGAGAAAGACGGUGCAAAAUGUGAUAUAAAGUCCAGUGAAAUGAAGAUGGACGCGAAAUUUGGUGAAGUGAAAUCUGGUGCUAGUGAUUUGGACGGCAGGUUGUUAAAGUGUCAUAAAAGUCUUGAAAGAACGCUAAGUGUCGAUGAGGAGAGUAAGUUCGACCGCGACGAGAACAAACUGAAAAGGACACAUACUGACUGCGCUAUAACGUCGCCCAACGGGCUCAUCUCCUCUGAGAAAAAGAGGAAAACCAGUCAUAGUUCCUGUACAGAUCCCCCUGGUUCGACAAACAUAGGCACAAUAGGCGGUCGCGUGGACUCGCCGCCCGCCGCUAGUCAGCGCUCCGGCGCAGUGUCCCCGCGCCGGAAGGACAGGCCCAAAGACAAGACCUAUUGCAAACUCGUCGCGGAGAGGACCAGGCCCGACGACAAGUUCGGCAACCGGUCCCCCAACUCCCAGGCACAAGGCGAGGACUCCGGGAUAGAAUCCAUGGAUGCCCUAUCCGAAAAAUCCCCAAACCAAGCCAGUCAAUCCCCACCUGGCCCGCAGAGGAAAGAGAGAUUAGAUAUGCCCAGAUCGACGAGUCCCACUUCCGUGCAAAGGAUAAUAGGUGUAAUAGAUGCUCCGCCCGCCUCAGACGAGUUGUUAGAAAGGUUGUCGUUAGCGACGGCGCAACCGCGAUACGACCCUGUCCCACCUGAUAUCGACGAUAUGGGCGAUAUAGAGGCAGAACUGGCCAAAAUGCACGCGGACCACAUAAAUGGCGACGACGCGCCAAGAAGACCGCCAGAAGAGAACCAAACCAAAGAAGUGAAAAGAGAACCCACACCUAUACUCAGAGAUGAGGAUAAGUCCAGUCAAAGCAUAGAUAAUAGAGGGGAAAGUAAAGAAGAGUCUAAAAUGUCAAAUGAGUCGAAAACGACAGAUGUUGACGCUAACCUCGAACCUAGUAAUGCUCAAAAGGAGGAAGUUUGUAAAGAAGAAAAUGUAUCACCCAAGAAAGAAAAAGGUGUGGACGAUUUUGACCAUCUCCCGAGCAGAAUGUCGCCACCUUUAUAUACGUAUUCGAAUCAGGAGAAAGUAAGUACGAGCGAUUCUCUGGAGACAAAAGAUGAGAAACCUUGCCUCCCGUCAGAUAAUGGCGAAACGAAAGAUGGAGACGCAGAAGUGAAAGAGAAACAGGAACCGAAAAUAGAAAGGUUACCUCUCAAAGCUGACUUUCCAGAUAAGAGCUUACUAGAGCAAUUACUAAUUGAAAUUCCUACACCAGACUACGUUGGCAAGAGGCCGGAGUCUCCCUCGCCUUCAACGCUGGAGAGGGUGGCGCGGAGUAGUGUACGAACAAGGUCGAGUAGUAAAAUGAACAGUCCAGCGGACGGACCUAAAACACCGCGACUUAGCCCAGGAAUAAAUAAACUCGAGCGAUCAGACUCGCCGGCCAUGCAGCCUAGAAACUGUCUUCUGAGCGGGUCUGAUAAAACAAGUCCGAGAACAACUAAUGCGGUGUCAGCGCCUGCCAAACCUGCGCCCGGAGCGAAACGGAAGCGGAGAGAGUCGGAGAGUUCGUGUGCGUCCACCAUUAGUUGUGAGGAAGGCAUAUCGCCAGGUCGGUUGAAGAAGAAACCGCGUAGGAUAGACCAAAAACCGAUUAAUCCAGCGGCCAUUGGUGGUAAAGUAAAAAAAGAGUCGGACAGUGAUAGUGACGAGCCGUUGAUAUGUAAAGUGCGGGGGAAGGGGGUGAAAGCAAUGAAGCCAGGGGUGAAGUUGCCGAAAGGAGCCGAGGGUGUGGGCACCAGGAGGUCGGUCAGGCACGGGCCUGCGCCUGCGCCGGCCGCACCUGCUCCACCUAACAGCACACCUGUCAGGCGGAAAACGAGAAGUGCCGUAGGCGAAGGCACGCCUAGCGCCGGCGCGGUGCGGAGACGGCGCGCGUCCCGCGACGGCAAUGUUAAAAUGGCAGAUAAGGCAGUAGCUCCCAUUGCCAAGCCCCAGAUGCGCGGGCUCCUCUACAAUCUUAUUAAGCGCAACUUGAUUAUUUCUUUUGUACUUGCUGGCGCUUCUGGCUUCGCUUACAAGGUUCUCGUAGGAGAUGUGCGCAAGAAGAAGUAUGCUGAAUUCUACAGGACAUAUGAUGCUGAGAAGGAAUUUGAAGAAAUGCGCAAGAAGGGUCUUUUCCAAUCCUGC